AUGCAAAAGUUCAUUGAUAAAGUUAAGCUACAAAAUUUGCAAGAUGAUAAUUCUGCUAAUAAGAUAUUCCUGAGCAAAAAAAUCCACUUUAAUAAUAUUCUGAAAAAAAAGAAAGUAGAAGAAGAUAAAGCAGAAUAUACUAAAUUGUUAAAAGUUGUUAAAGAGUAUUAUUAUACGCAAUUAAAAAGAAAGGCCCUUUUUACAAUAUUAACUGAAUAUUAUAAAAUACAAAGUUUGCUGUGCGUUUUUAAAUUUAGUGAUAUUCGAAGAAAGUGGAAACUUGUUUUUCUCUCCUUUUUAAAAAAUAAAUGCACCCGUAAAUUAACGAAUUGUGUUACUAGAUCGAUAAGCAUUUUCACGCUUGCAAGUCGAAGAACAAACUUAAAAUUCCGCUCCUUUAAAAUUCUACAAAAUGAGUUUCUGAAUACAAAAAGAGUAUACUUGAAAAUAAAGAAAAAGAGAAUUAAUAAUGUUAUCAUGAAUAUAUUUUCUGCGUGGUUGAGUUUAUCUACAAAAAGCAUAAAUAAUAAAUUCAUAAGGGCAUACAAUUAUUAUAUAUUACGAAAAAAGAAGAGAAUUUUUCAACUAUGGAAAAGAAUGAUACAGGAUGAAAAGUUUUUUAAAAACAUUGAUAUGAUUUUUUUAAAGUUGGAAACAAUUGCUUCCUCAUGGAGAAAAAAAUGA